AUGUCUGAUCUCGGCCGCAAGGGACUCGGAGACCAGGUCCAGGAGAAGGUCACUCCCGACUCUCAGAAGUCGACUCUCGACCAAGCCAAGGAGGGCGUCACUGGAGCAUAUGAUCGCGUUGCAGGAGCUGCUCAGCCUGAGGGCAACAAGUCUGCCGCCCAGAAGCUUGGUGACUCCACUCGCUCUGGCACUGACGAUGCCUCCAACCAGGGCCAGGGUAUCCUCGAUUCUGCUCAGCAGACUCUCGGCAAUGCUGCGCAGUCCGUCCAGGACACCCUCGGUGGUGGCCAGAAGAAGUAA